AUGGAGACGUCACUUCGGAUUGCGCUGCAGCAGUACAACUUUUCCAACUACUCCUUUCUAGACAACGUUACAUAUGAGAUUACUGGAAAUGAGAACCAGCAGCAACCUGUAAUGGACCUGUAUCUACCGAUAUGGCUGCAAGUUAUACUGGCUAUAUUAUAUGCAUGUACGUCGGCACUCGCUGUUAUCGGCAAUCUUGUCGUAUGUUACAUAGUACUUGGAAAUCGACGUAUGCGUACGGUGACCAACUAUUUCAUCGUUAAUCUAGCCAUUAGCGAUUUCCUAAUGGCAGUAAUAUGCGUCAAUCUGACUUUUUACUACAGUAUAAACUUUCACUGGCCGUUUGGGUACGUUAUGUGUGCUCUGGUGCAGUAUAUACAAAUGGUAUCCGUCUCGAUCAGUAUAUUUACAUUGGUUGCUAUUAGCUUGGACCGAUACGUCGCAAUUAUACAUCCUCUACGACCCAGAAUGACCAAGAAACAAGCUUUCAUCGUGAUAAUCAUAAUCUGGGUGUUAGCAGGUGGGAUAAGCCUUCCAGCUGCCAUCAACAGUGAAAUAGACACCUCGUACAACUCAACGGACAUUAUUUGCAAGGAAACAUGGCAAACUGAAAAACAGCGAUCGAUUUAUACAAUCACUCUGAUGAUCCUACAAUACUUUUUGCCACUGGUGAUACUUUCUAUUACGUAUUCCAUCAUUGGAUAUGCUAUUUGGGGUCGAAAACCACCAGGAGAGAGGGAGAGACACCGAGAUGCCAGACAAGCGGAAUCUAAGAAAAAGAUUAUUGUGUGGCGUACUGGAAACAGCAGUGUGUACGUCAGUCUAGGCCUCGUGUGUAUAAGAGCUUUCAAACGAAUGCCACAAGCACAGGAAUCAUUGGUUUCUGUCGUCAAGAUUAAGCGAAUAAUUGUGAAUCCGUUGCACACCUGCCUUGUGAUAUUAGUACUUCUAGUGUCCACUUGUCAAGAUGUUCGCGUUGAUAGUUCUGAUAUUUGCGUUAUGUUAUUUACCCAUCCACACAUUCACCCUGCUUCUGGACUAUCAUAA